AUGAAAUAUAUAUGCCUGCUUUUGCUUUGUCUCAAUGUUUAUUUAACUGCAGGAUAUGAAAAAUCAACAAAACAAGCAUUUUUAGAAGUAAGUGAAGAUUUGGAUGAAGAUAGCUCAGAUAUUUCUGAAGGAUCUAGUGAUGAAGAUUCAGAUGAAUUAUAUCUUUUUUAUAUUAAUAAAAACCUAAUUUAAAUAUAAUAGAAAAUUCUAUUCUUAUCUGUAUUGAGUUAAUUGAUAGAUCAUUUUAAUGAAAUAAUACCAUGAGGUAAAUAUAAAUAAGAUAAAAUAAGAAAUUGAAUUAAUAGAGAAUAUAUUUAGCAUAGAUGGCAUAAGCGAUGGAGAUGAUUAUUCUUAUACUGAUUAUGAUGAAAUGGAUUAUCAAGAUAGUGAUGAAUCAGAAAGUGAAGAAGACUACGACUCUGAUGUCCUUGAAGAUUAUAGUUCUGAACCAGCAGAAGAUGAUGCAAGUGAUGAAGAUGAGCCAGAAGACAGCUCAUCAGAGAGUACUGAAACUUCUGACGAAACUAUCUCAGAAUCCAGCACUUCAUCUACUGAAAACACUGAAACUUCAAAUGAGUCUGAAAAUUCAAGCGAAACUGAAACUUCAAGCGAAAAUUCUUCAUCUGAUUCCAGUAUAUCAACAUCUACAGGAACCUUAGCAGAAGGAGUAGGAACAGUUAACAGCAACCUAGCAGACUUAUCAUCACAAUUUAGUUCUUCAAUGCAAACUCUAAAUGAUCAAUUGGACGUCGCAAUCAAUAUAAAUUCUCAAGUAGGCGUUGCUCUUUUAGAUAACCAAAUUUCUGACCUUGAAUAUGAGCUUGAAAAAGUUAAUGACGAAAUAGACGACUUAGAAAAAGAAUACGCUGACCUUACAGGGGAAUGCGAUUCUUCAAAUACAUGCACAGACUGUUUACAAAAUUCUAAUUGCAUAUGGUGCAGCUCGUCACAAGAGUGUAUGGUAGGGGACGAAGAUGGCCCAUAUAGUGAUUCUUGUAGUGAAUAUGAUUAUAAAAAAUGCUCAGAUGGAGAAUGUGGAGGAUAUGGAGACUGCACUGAGUGUUUGACUAAUAGUUUAUGUGGAUGGUGUGAGAAUGGAAGUUAUUGCUUGGCUGGAAGUACAGAUGAUUCCGGCAGCUGCAGUUCGUCGUUUUAUUACUAUGAGCAAUGCCCAGAUGGUAGCUCUGAUAGCGAAAAUAGUUCAGAGGAAAAUGAGGACAGUCAGGAUAGUGAAAGCAGCACUGAUAGUGAAGAAGCUGAAGAGCUGCAAGAAGAUAUAAACGAUUUAAAAGAAUAUGCAGCUAGUCUUGAAUUACAAAUUGAAGAAUUAGAAAAUCAAAAAGAAGAACUUCAGAAUACCGCAUCUGAAGGAACUAGCAUUGAAAGCGAUGGCACUGUUGUUGAAGACAAUCUGCAAGGACUUGGCGAAGAAGUAGACAGCUUAGCAGAAGAAGAAAACGAUGACUCUAGAGCUUAUCAAGAAUACCUAGCAAGUGUUUACAGUCAAACAAUUAUUGAUUCUACUGAUGAAGCUAUUGAUCAAAGUACUGAUGAAAUUGUUACUGAAAUUGAUGAAAGCGAACAGGCAAUUCAAGGUGAUAUUCAGAGCAUGGACAAUAGUUUAAGUAACCAAAUUGAUGAUAUUGAUGACCAAGUCGUUGAAAUUGACGAAACACUUAAUGAAGCAAUUGACUCAACUGAAGAGUGGCAGCAAGAACAAAAUGAAAGCGAGUCAGCUUCGACAAAUUCAACGUCUGAUGCUACAGAAACAACUGAAGCUUCUGAAGAUACAACUGAAACCACGACAGAAGAUGAAGUGGCUGCUUAG